CGCUCGCGCAGGCUGUCAGCAGGCUGGCCGACAGGAGCCGUUUGCCGCCGCCGCCGCCGCUGGCUCUGACUGCACGCUGUGUGUGCGUGUGUGUGUGUGUGUGCGUGUGUGUGUCCUGUCCGGAUACGAGCUGACAGGAGAGCGGACUUAUCCUUUGAGAAAUAGAAAAUAAGAGCAGCAAAACAACAGAAACAACAACAGAAAGUGCCUUCGGAGGUUUGGUUUCCAGCAGCGGGAGCCGUGUCUGUGUGCCGGCCGUCUUCCCCCCGGUGAGCGGCGGACACUCGUGACGCUCCGCUGAGCCGAGCUGGAUCGGACUGCAUGAGGAGGCCAAGUGACGGGACCCCAGUCCUGACCUAGAACCCCCCUCCCCCUCCCACCUCCACCCAGGACCCCCCACAGACAUGAGGUCGUUCCGAUCGUUUGCAAAUGACGACCGCCAUGUCAUGGCCAAGCACGCCGGUGUCUACCCGUCACCGGAGGAGUUGGAGGCGGUCCAGACGCUGGUGUCCACCGUGGAGGGAGCCCUGAAGAAAGUCUCUGAUUGGAUGGACGGACUCGAUAAACCCUCAGGGAAGACCUCAGCCAGUAACGACACGGGUGACAGUACAGCGGGAGACACCUCUGACACAAAGCCGGAUGGUGUGUCGGUGCUGUGCGGGGUGAUGCGCGUUGGCCUGCUGGCCAAGGGCCUGCUGAUCAAAGGCGACAUGGAUCUGGAACUGGUGCUGAUGUGCAGGGAGAAGCCCACCAAACUGCUGCUGUACACAAUCAGCGCCAACCUCCCCCUGCAGAUCCAGACAAUGACGGAGGACAAGUACGAGGUGCAGUCGUGUGUGCCCGAGGCGGCCAUCCGGGUCUUCAACACCAAAGACCCCAAGCUCACGUUGAGGAUCACCCUCUCCUCCUUAGCCAUGAGGGAGGAGCACAACACCACAGAAGAAGAGGAGGCUGCACAGAAGGAGGGGCAGGAGGGGCAGGAGAGGGAGGAGGACCAGAAGGAGGACGAUGAGAAUGUUCUGGACAGGCAGAGGUGCCAGGCUGCCCUGGCAGCGCUCCGACAUGCCAAGUGGUUCCAGGCCAGAGUCACAGAUCUGAAGUCCUGCGUCAUCGUCAUGCGGAUUCUCAGAGACAUUUGCAACAGACUGCCUGUGUGGCAGCCGCUCAAAGGAUGGCCUCUGGAGCUGAUCUGUGAGAAGGCCAUCGCCACCUGUAACCGGCCGCUGGGGCCUGGAGAAGCUCUUCGCCGCGUCAUGGAGUGUAUCGCCUCAGGGAUCCUCCUGCCUGGUGGUGCGGGACUCCACGACCCCUGUGAGCGAGAGCCGACAGACACCCUGUCAGCCCUGAGCGCCCAGCAGGCCGACGCCGUCACACACAGCGCACAGCAUGCGUUACGCCUCCUAGCCUUUGGACAGCUUUACAAGGUCUUGAAUAUGGAUCCUCUCCCCGCCAGCAAACCUUCACCAAGGCUGUUAGAAGGAAGCUGUCAGAAGAGGCUCAGGGAGGAUGGAGGGCCAGAUGACAGAGACUUCAUCAAGAGGAUGAAAGUCCUGGACUGGAGAAUGACAGACCCCAACCACCCCAUGAACGCUCUGAUGCGGCUGAACCAGAUCCACCCCGGCCUGCAGUAUCGCCUGCUGUCCCAGUCCGGCCCGGUCCACGCUCCGGUCUUCACCAUGUCCGUGGAGAUCCAGGGAACCACGUACCAGGCCACCGGAAACUCCAAGAGAACCGCCAAGCUGCAAGUAGCACUCAAGGCGCUGCAGGCUCUGGGUUUCGUGGUCGGCAGCGAUGGAGACCUGGACUCUCUGAGCGCCGACGAGAGGUCGGACGGAGAGGGAAAGAACGACAGGAUGUCGACCAGCUCCAGCUCCGUGGCCUCCUCCACAGACACACAGGAGUCCAGAGCUCCCGGUCCCAUCCUGACGGCGGGGGGGAAGAACCCCGUCAUGGAGCUGAAUGAGAAACGCCGCGGCCUCAAAUACGAGCUGAUAUCAGAGAGCGGCAGCAGCUACGACAAACGCUUCAUCAUCGAGGUGGAGGUGGACAAGCAGGUGUUUCGAGGGACGGGACCGAAUAAGAAAGUGGCCAAGGCGAGCGCUGCGCUGGCCGCUCUCAACAGCCUGUUUUCUGGCUCCAAAUCUACGACCAGCAAGAAGAAACGGCCCAAUCCUCCUCCGAAGCGGCCGGUGGCCUCGGUGCUGACCCUGCCCGCCCACGCCGCCAGACCUCGGGCGGUGCCGGUGAUCCCCAGGGCGCCGUACAUCAGUACCCCGCCCACACACGGAUACAUCCCCCCAGGUUUCGGUGCUCCUUACGGCUACGGCCCUGCAGGCGCGCUGCCUGCCUACGGUUUUCCUUCCAGAUUGCCCUCAGUAGUUGUCCCAGUCAUGAGAGUCCCCACCGCAUAUCCCGUCACCCACCUGUACCCCUAUUAGGACCUCCACCCUCCCACCACCACCCCCACCCUCCCUGCCCUUCCACCAACACCUCAUCCACCUCAGAGGAAAUAGUUUAUUCAAAGAAAACCGCGACUUUGACCGUGUGUUCACGCCACGAGCAGCUGGCAUCGGGAAACUGGACGCCACGAGUCCGUUUGUUUCUGCGACUCGAGAAUUUUUCGUCAGUGCAGCCGGCUGGUGUCCCUGUUUAUCGGCGCAGAGUUGAGCAGAAUCGCCGUCACCGUCAAAUUGUUGUUCCUGCUUUUCAGCGUGUCCCUCCUUCGACGCCCAUUGGCACGGCAGCGUGGUUGCUUCCUGUGCGAACGCAGCUGGACAAACAAGCUCUUUGAUCAAAUAAAAACUCUUCGACUAAAAGACUGAAGUUUAACCGGGGCGACUUUGGCGUUUCUCAAGCCGCCGUGCUGCAGAGCCAGCGUGCACCGUCCCACUGAGCGUCAGCGAGCUCUGCAGCAGCCUCAACAAAUACCGGACACGCAGACGAGACACCGCUGCGUAUGGUUUGGUCUUGAAAAGAUAAUUUGAUCAAAGAGCUUGAUUGCCAGAGAGCUGAUUUAGUCUUUUACCAAUCACUCAUGGAUGUGAAGGUUUUUCAUGGUUCAUUUCUCCUGUUUUCUAUGAUGUUCAGUUCCUUUGGAGAGCAACUUGGUUUACAAUGUUGGUUUGCACUGAGAAAACUUUUCCUUUCUUUUUUGGAUAUGGAUUGUCCAAGGCUACUCUGUUGUGGAGGUAUGAGCCAUUUUUUGUGUUUAGCUGAAAAUAAAUUCUUUUGAGAAUGAUUUUAUUUUGACCUCUGUUUGUAGGAAAUAUUCUUUUGAAAUAAAUGAAUAUUUUUUUGU